AUGCUCCCCCCGAUCUUUUCCGCUACCCACCUAUUCACUGCCGCGUCCUUCCCCGCCCCUCGGCAGGGAUCCGCCAAGCGCGAGUGGCAACGAGCGCAGGCUGGCGGAAUGGCGGGCCGCGAGCGGCUCGCUUCCGCGCUGCAGGCGGAAGAAGGACGCGUUUCCGCACUGCAGGCGGAAGAAGGGCGCGUUUCCGCGCUGCAGGUGGAAGAAGGGCGCGUUUACGCGCUGCAGGCGGAAGAAGGGCGCGUUUCCGCGCUCCAGGCGGAAGGGCGCGUUUCCGCGCUGCAGGCGGAAGAGCGGAGCGAUUCCGCGCUCGUCCGUUCUCCUCUCCUUUCCCCUCGUCCCUUCCUCUUGUCCCUUCCCCUCGUCCCUUCCCCUCGUCCCUUCCCCUCAUCCCUUCCCCUCGUCCCUUCCCCUCGUCCCUUCCUCUCGUCCCUUCCUCUCGUCCCUUCCCCUUGUCCCUUCCCCUCGUCCCUUCCCCUCGUCCCUUCCUCUCGUCCCUUCCCCUCGUCCCUUCACCCUCACAUCGCAAAAAAGCAUGCUUCGUUUUCGGCUGUUUAG